AUGUUUACCGCCGACCUGUCCUGGAGCGGGCCGAAUACAGAAACAGUAGGUGAGCGGCGAGAGCGCAAAGCGCGGGAGCGCUCGAGUGUAGCCGGCUCUGUAACAACAUCGACGAGUUCUCGAAGCUCUAUAUCUGGCGAACGAGAACUUUGGUGGACAUCCGGACUCAAAAAAGCAAAAGGCAUCAAGUCGACCAUCCUCCGACCAUCUUCACAUCACAGUACCAGAUCGCAAACAACAAUCCGAUCCGCACAAACCAACCAGGAUUUGCAGCAGCCACACAGUCUUAAGGAUCCUACAUUACAACCGUCCUGGACAUAUGCAAGCACUCUUUCAACAAAUCUCCCAUCCGGCGCACCGUUUGACCUGCCACUCCAUGAAGUUCCUGAAUUGGACGGCGAUUCGUCCUCACGGCGUACCAAUUCGACUGAAGCACGCUUUUCGCGUAAGCGACCACCCCCGGUAGUUGUCGAUAAGUCGCUGGAGUUUGAAGCGCUCCGACUGCAUGACUCUAUUGAGCCAGCAGCGGCCGUUGCGGAAAUUAAAUCGCCUGUGUUUUCGGCCCAUCGCUCCACCAACAGAGCGAUCGAAUGUCCGCCAAUUUCUGAAUGGGAAAGUCUAGCGCCUCGUGGAACACCGCAAAAGAUGCAUGUUUCACCCAGAUCCACGAGCAACAAGGUCGCUGUCGCCCAUAGCAGCACUCUUGAGCUUACGCGCUUCCAGAAGUUUAUCCGGCGAAUGGAAAGCGCAGGUCCUCAGAUUGUGCUAGAUAGACUGAAAGAAGAAUGGCAAGUAAAUCCUGGGGAAGAAGUAGACGAACAGCUCGCGCUUGAGAAGCAGCUCUGGCUCCUUACAGGAUUUCAGAUGCAGAAUGUCCGUAACGCAGGAGUCACUCCGAAACCGUCUUGUGAUACGGGGAAGGAUCCUCGAAUUGUAUGGCAAUCUCUCGGAGGUGUUCCAGAUGUCAGCGAUGUACCCGCGCCAUACAACUGCGGGGCUGUGCCCUUGCCAUACCCGGAGAAUUACUUCGCACACAUCAGAGCUUCAACGCUACCGUCGUUGGUAUCCUCUUCGAAGUUGCCUGAGCUAUUCCGGGAGUGUUACAAGCUGCUCGCACCCGGCGGUCUGUUGGAGGUUAGAAUUAUGGAUGCCGCACCCGUACGCAGAACUGCCGGGCCGCUCCUGCGAACUUGGAUCGAUGACAGACUUUCUGUCAACCUGGAGAGAUUGUUUCGCUGUUCAAAACCCUGCUCACUGGUGCCGACCUGGCUAGCGGAUGCUGGAUUCGACAUGGUGCACUCAGAUAGCAGUUCUAGUGUCACACUGCCUUGCGCGAUUGGCAGCGCAUCGACAGACGUAACCAAGGAGCUUUCCACCGUGAUAGGACGAGAAAUGUGGAGAGACGUUUGGGGCCCUUUCGUUGACGACGUUCCGGGAGAGUCAAGAUGGUGGUGGGAAGACGAGGACAUUGUCCAGGAAUGCCUCGAGCGAAAGACGGUACUUGAGUGUCGAGCAAUAUAUGCCUACCGGAAGUAG